ACACACACACACACACACACACACAGAGACACACACACACACACACACACACACACACACACACACACACACACACACACCAUUUCAUUUCCAGUACUUUGUAGUCGAUAUGGGAGUUCUCAGUAAACACUGGGUUCUCCUGGCAGCGGGUUCUUCAGGUUGGAAAGACUACGGUGAUCAGGCCAAUGUGUGUCACGCUUACCAAGUCAUGCACCGGAAUGGGAUUCCAGAUGAACAGAUUGUAGUGAUGAUGUAUGAUGACAUCGCUGAUCAUGAAAAUAACCCUGAUAAGGGUAAAAUCAUUAAUGUACCAAAAGGACCAAAUGUUUACACUGGGGUUCCAAAGGACUACACUGGAGAGGAUGUUACAGCUGAAAACUUUCUUGCUGUACUGUGUGGAGAUUCAUCUGCUGUAAAGAAAACAGGAGCAAAAAAAGUAAUACAAAGUGGCAGAAAUGAUACUGUGUUCAUCUACCUAUCAGCCCAUGGAGGUCAGGGUUCCUUUAGCUUUCCAAAUUCCAAACUUUAUGCAAAAGACCUCAUUAAAACAGUGACCGCAAUGUCAAAGACAGGCAAAUUUUCAAAGAUGGUGAUUUAUAUAGAAGCGUGUCAUUCUGGAUCAAUGGUGGAGAAGCUGAAGGACAACAAUGUGUAUGCAGUUUCUUCAUGCAGUCCUGAUGGACUCAGCUAUGCUUGCUACUAUGAUCAAAGAUUAAAGACUUGUCUUUCUUCUUGUUUCACUGCUCACUGGCUACAACACACAGAGACAGUAAAACUCAACACAACCUCAUUUGGAGAUCAGUUUUCUUACCUGAAGAAAAGGGUCAGUGAGUCUAAGAGUCAAAAGGGAGAUACACAGACACCAUGUAACUACGGUGACAUGAACAUACGCAAUUUAAUGUUGAGUGAAUUUCUUGGUGAAUCACGCAACUCAUCCCUGACCCUGGAAAGACAAUAUAAUGAUCUUAUACGAGAGAUUCAGGAGCAGCCUGCAGGAUGUGUUGUGGCCUGAAACAGUGUCUUCCUCCUGUAUCAUGACCAGAGGACGAGACCAGCACAAAGACGCACUCAUUCAUCCUCAAUGGCAGCUUUUGUGUCCACAGCAGCAGGGAAACAUCUUGAAGCUGGCGGUGAUGUGUGCUGCAUGCCGACCUGCUGGAACUUUUCACACAGAGACGAGAAAAGCACAUGCUGUGCGGCUCGGUGGAGUCUCCUGUCUCUUACCUGAACACAGUCUCUGUGUAAACUAACAGUCGAAUUACAAACUGAACAAAUCUGAACCUGAACGUUGGGAAAAUUUUCAUCAGAAUAUUAGAGUUUCUUUUUCUUGAUCUGGUUGUAGAAGAGAAAUAAAUCUGGUACUUCAAUACAGGACAGUUCAUGUUUAGGCAGGAUAGUUCACACACACACAAACACACACAGACACACACAAACACGCGCACACGUGUGCGCACACACACACACACACGUGUGCACACACAUACACACACACACGCAUAAACACAAACACAAAUGCGCACAAACACACAUCUUGUGAUGUCUCCAUUUAAUAAAACCAAUGCUCCUAUCCUUCUCCUACUGGGUCUCAGGGAACCUGGAGUCUCUCAGACUGAGGGCACAGGACAGGGUUCACCCUGGACAGGAUUUCAGUCUAUCACACACAAACACUUUUAGUUUCAUUGCGCCAUUCUGUAUAAACUACUCUUUGAUAGUUCUAUAAUUUGUUUGUGUUUUACUGGUUUAUUUGUUUAUUAGAACCUAUUUUUUUAAAGAAAAUAAGUAAUUCAGCAAUCAUGCUUAUUCUUUAAUAGAGUCUGACUUAUUUCUACACCAGAUAAAAAUAAUGUGGGCUCAAAGUUCCUGGGUUUAAUGACUACAAUUAAGGUACAAGAACUUUGAUGUUACGCUUCAGUUUAAAAGCUUAAAGAACCAGAUCUUAAAUUAUUGCACUUCUAAUAAUCAGCAUUUAUUUACAAAUGGCUUCAAACAUAAAUUAUUUAAUCAUAUAUUAUAGAUGUUAUUUUAUAAUAAAAAAGAUAUUUUUAUCUGUU